AUGUUCCAGCGAAUCCGCGGCGCAAUAGACUCCGUAAUCGCCGAAGAACAAGCCCGCCAACGAUCCGCUCAAGAAUCAAUCGCCGGCGGCCGAUCGACAGUCGCCCGUCGCUCAUCAACCAGAACAGCACGGCAACGAAGUAAUAGUGCUCUACCACAACAGCAACAACAGCCACCGCGGAGUCCGGAUCCGAGGGAGUUUGAGUUUUCGAUUGGUGAUGAUGAUGCGAGUACAUCAGUAAGUACGACUCAGAGUAGUCGGUCCGGGACGCCGAGGUUGGAGGUGACGCAGUCGACGACGGGGACUACGGCUUCGGAGCGAGAUGGGUCCGAGAGGACUGAUACUGGGGAUGGGGAGAAGAAGAAGGAGCCUGCAGAGGAAGGGAGAGAUAAACCUGCCGCGAGUACGGAGAAGCCUGCUUCGACACCGGAGUUACCGAUUGAAGUACGCUCGAAAUUGAGACGCUUGGAUAAGAUUGAGUCGAAAUAUUCCGAUCUACUCAAAGCGUACAAACUCGCUCAUGCGCGCGUCUUAUUGAUUGAACCGUUUGAAUCGGCGCUAAAAGAGAAUACGCCGCUGACCUCGAUCGGGGAUCCGAAGGCGUUGACUGAAUAUUUGAAUCAGAUGUCGUUGAAAAAUGAUAUGUUGAUGGAUGAGUUGAAAAGGGUGACUUCGGAUCGGGACGAUUAUAAAAAGAAAUUGGCGGAGGCGGAAAAAUCUGCCAAAGAGGUUUCGGAUGAGGUGGCUAGGCUGAAGGAGCAGAAGAAGACGGAGGAACCAUCGGAAGAGAAGGAAGAUAAGAAGUCGACCGCAGAUACAGAAGACUUUUUCUCAUUUGAUAAUGAAAUUCCGCGUCUCGAGUCGGAAGUGCAGGCGAAACAAGACGAGAUUGAGAAACUCACGACAGAGGUGGAUCAGCUCAAGCGUGAUUUGACCGUGGCGCGCGAGUCGACGGAGAGCAUGGUCGUUACGUUAGAAUCAACUACCCGAGAAUUGGAAGGACUGCGGGAGUUCAAGGAUAAGCAUGAGUCCGAGCUUGACGAUUUGAAGUCUUUGAAACAGAAGGAGAUUGAUGAGAUCAAGACGAAGCUGGAGUCUGCGGAAUCUGCUAUUGAGAAGGCGAAAACUGAGUUGUCAGAUGUCAAGAGCCAGCUGAAUGAAAAAUCAGAGGAACUCGAUCGUUUGAAGUCGGAGGCUGCCAAUACCAAGUCGCAAGUCGAUACCUCGGAACUUGACAAGAAGAUUUCUCUCAUUGAAAAAGAUAAAGCAGACAAGGAAAAACGACUUGGAGUUAUUGAGGGACUGGUCGAUAAGUUAAAGACUCAGGUCAAAGAAGGAGAGGAUACUGUAUCCUCGCUUCGCACGGAGCUUACAGAAAAGGGUUCUCAAUUAGAAGGACUGGGGCGAAUUGCCAAGUUUGUAGAUGAUGGUCUUGAUUUCUCGCCCAAGUGGAAGACGACGCGAGAGUCUGUUGUGGCCGGAAAGAUGGCUAGUUUUGAUGACGUGCGUCAGAUUUUGCUGUCUGAGAAAUCUGAAGCUCAAGAGCCUGCUGCUGAGAACCAAAGCACUGGCUCUAAGAAGAAGAAGAACAAAAAGAAGAAAACUGGCAAGCAGAAUAACGAGCCUGCCACCAAAGAGACACCCGAGGCAUCAAAGGAGCAGGCAACAGAUGUAGCUGCCUUGGAAAAGAAGGUUGAAGAGCUGACCGAGCAACUCACCGAAAAAGAAGCAGCAAUUGACCGGUUACAUGCAAAACUAAAGGGCGAGGAGGACCUGAAAGAAGAAAUCGAAUCUCUGCGAGACGAACUUCUUCACAUCGGCCAGGAACACGUCGAAGCCAAAGACCAAGUCAAAGCUCUACAAGCCGAAAAGGCUGCUCUAGAGGAAGCAAGAGCAAAGAUUGAAAAGGAGGUAGCCGAGUUGCGUACGAACCAUGCAUCCGCAACCGCCGAUUCCGAGAAAGUGCAUACCGAUUUGAAAGCUGAAUUUGAGGAACUGAAGCACAAAUCGACUACAUUGGAGAAAGAUCUUUCUGCCGCUCAACAACUGGCCGCGUCGCGGUUUAAGGAUUUGACUGAUCUCAGAAACACGAUGCAAAAGUUGACACCGGAGCUGCGAAAUUUGCGUGCCGAGUCUGCAGAGUUGAAAACUACCAAGGAGGAGCUGAAUAAGAAGACGGCUGAGUUUAAGAAAUUAGAGAAUAAGCAUGACGAUUUGCGGGCAGAAGUCAAAUCGCUCAAGUCGAGUAUCGCGGAUCGUGAGAAUGAGGUCAAGACUCUUAAUCAGAAGAUUCGACAGGAGACUGAUAGUCGGCUCAAAGCUGAGGACGCUUUGUCUGUUACCAAGUCUGAUCUGCGGCAGAGUGAAGCACGGAAACAGCAAGCUAUAGACACGCAAGAGAGACUUUUAAAGGACUUGUCUAGAGCACAAGAAGAGUUGAAGAAUCUACGCGCGAAAAUGCGAGAGGCAGAAGAGAAAUCCGCCCAAUUCGAUAGAGAACUGAUCGGUCUCCGAGAAGAAAUUCAGCUCAAGACAGCUCAACACGCUAGUGCACAAAGCUUGAUGACCAGCAUGCGCGACCAGACGUCUGAAAUGGCAAUGCAGAUGAAAGAAGCGCGUGAACGAUGCGAAAGCCUGGAAGAAGAACUCGCCGAAGCGCAUCGCCUCUUGACGGAACGAAGCCGUGAAGGCGAGACCAUGCGUCGUUUGCUGAAUGAAAUUGAAGGCCGCACAGAAGCCAAAAUCCGGGAUUACAAAGAACGACUCGAAGCCGCCAUUGAAGAGCGCGAUAAAGCUGAAGAAGAGGCAACUACGAUGGGACGACGACGCGCAAGGGAAUUGGAGGAACUAAAAACCAAAGUCCGAGAAACCGAGAAAGCGCUCAAAACAGCAGAAAACGACAAGGAAGAAUUGGAAUAUGCGCAACGAGAUUGGAAACGACGACGAGAUGAUUUGGAAAUUCAAGCGGAGCGAUCAACACAAGAAGCCAAGGAAAUUCGCCAAGCGAUGGUUCAGCUGCGAGAUGCACUAGACGAAAGCGAGCGACAAGUUCGAGAUAUGGAAAAGGAGAAAGCGGAAUUACGCCGCUCGAUCGAGGAGACGACCUCUCGACUUGAGAGGUUACGGAAAGCGAAUAAAUCGUUGACAGAGGAGAUUAAUCGUGCCGGCAGUACAAAUAACGGUAACGGCAUGGCUAAAAGACCGUCGACAAUGGAAUCGGGAAUUACGUCUUCACGUUCAUCCAUUGAUUCACGCAGGCCGGGAAUCACAUCUGGAGGAUCCAGGGAACGGAAUCCAUCCGUCGCGAGGAGCGAGACGCCUACCGAGCGAAGUCAGACGGCAGGGUCGAUUGAUUACAUAUACCUGAAAAAUGUGUUGUUGCAGUUUUUGGAGCAAAAGGAUAAGAAUUAUCAGAAACAGCUUAUACCGGUGCUAGCGAUGUUGUUGCAUUUUGAUCGGAAUGAUGAGCAGAGGUGGAUGUCUGCUGUGAUGUCGAGAUGAGGUGUAUAGGUAGGGAUAGUGGACAGUGUAUUAUAGGUUAAUUCGAGGAAUGUAUAUACUAUCUUCUUGCCCGGUG